AUGAUUUGUAGAAAGAAAACACUUAAAAUCAGUCUAAAACAACGUCAGUUCUGCAAUCUGUUGCCAGUUCUGUCUUUGACGAGCUAUAGCAAAUAUGCAACAGGCACCUCAGACUCAGCUUCAACGUUAAAUUCCUCUCCCAAGCUGUCCAUCCCUACCGAUUUCCUACCUUGGACUCUGGAUAGUACCAUCAGUGAAGAGAACAGAGCUGCCAUUCAGAAAAUGUUAUUGGAAGAAGAGUAUCCUUUAAUGGUCUUGAGGAAAUAUUACAGAUAUUAUUUAUCUAAAAAAUCAUUUCCAGAAAAAUUCUGGCUUGACCAAAAGGAAGCUGAAAAAAAAUACACAAAAAGUCUGCAGAAAACACCAAAAAUCACGGUUCACUCUCCUACAAAACCAGCCAGUUACUCAGUAAAGUGGACGAUAGAAGAAAAAGAACUGUUUGAACAAGGGCUGGCUAAAUUUGGCCGAAGGUGGACCAAAAUUGCUAAACUCAUUGGAAGUCGUACUGUUUUGCAAGUGAAGAGUUAUGCUAGACAGUACUUUAAAAAUAAGGUAAAAUUAGAUGGUACAGAUGAGGAAGCACCAACUGGAAAGAGCAGUACUGAUCUUCAGGUCAGAAAUGAAGAUGGAGGGGACAAGACAAGCACACCAUCAGAUUUAUGGGGCCAUGCUGAUCCCAAUUUGAAUGCUGUGAAAAUCGAAAAGUUGUCUGAUGAUGAAGAUGUUGACAUCACAGAUGAGACAGAUCAGUUUCCCUCACAAGCAUCCCAGCCGAAUUCUAGCAUUGAUCUCCUAGUAAACAUUCCUAAUAAUAAAACAAACAAUACCAAUGAAGAAAAAGAAUUUACUACUUUUAAUGGCCAGGAGGAUCUUAUUUCUAAAUCUUCCGAGGAAUAUCUUCAGAAUAUAAAACAAGAUAAAAUGAAAACAUUUUCAAGCUCAAGAAUGACAUUUUGUACUGAAACACAGAAUACCACUGGUGAAAAAUCAAUUGAGUUAAUUGAUCAUAAAUAUAAUAAAGUGGUGAAAACCUGUACUGAGCAUGAUGGAAACGGAAUAGUAGAUGAUACAGGCCAUAUGAAUUCUCCAGAGCCUAGUGAAAUUCAGAAAGACCUGAGUGAUAGUGAAACUUAUUUUCCUUCAUCAUCCUACCCAGUAGAGGAGGAAAGCCAUGAGGACGAAGAGCUGAAGCCACCAGAACAAGAAGUAGAAGUAGAUAGAAAUAGCAUUCAAGAAGAAGAAAAACAAGCAAUUCCUGAGUUUUUUGAAGGCCGCCAAGCUAAAACACCAGAACGAUAUUUGAAAAUUAGGAAUUAUAUUUUGGAUCAAUGGGCACUAUGUAAACCAAAAUACUUAAAUAAGACCUCAGUACGUCCUGGCCUGAAGAACUGUGGGGAUGUUAAUUGUAUUGGACGGAUUCAUACAUACCUCGAGUUAAUAGGAGCCAUCAAUUUUGGAUGCGAACAGGCCAUAUAUAGUAGGCCACAGCCAGUCGAUAAAACUCGCAUCAGAGAUAGAAAAGAUGCAGUAGAGGCAUACCAACUUGCCCAGCGCCUGCAGUCUGUGCGCACAAGGAGACGGAGGGUCAGAGACCCAUGGGGGAAUUGGUGUGAUGCAAAGGACUUAGAAGGACAAACUUUUGAGCAUCUCUCUGCCGAGGAGUUGGCAAAAAGAAAAGAAGAGGAAAAAUGCAAAUCUGUUAAGUCUUCCAAAGUGCCAAAACCAGCGAAAAGCUCAUUUGACCCCUUCCUGCUGAUACCCUGUAAUUUUUUCAGUGAAGAAAAACAGGAGCCAUUUCAGGUGAAAGUAGCUUCAGAAGCACUUUUAAUAAUGGAUUUGCAUGCUCACGUUUCUAUGGCAGAAGUAAUUGGUCUAUUAGGAGGAAGAUACUCAGAAGUUAAUAAAAUAGUUGAAGUCUGUGCAGCAGAACCGUGUAACAGUCUGAGCACAGGACUACAAUGUGAGAUGGAUCCUGUCUCCCAAACUCAAGCCUCAGAGACCUUGGCUGUAAGAGGGUAUAGUGUCAUUGGAUGGUAUCAUUCUCAUCCUGCCUUUGAUCCUAAUCCUUCCUUACGAGAUAUUGACACUCAAGCUAAAUACCAGAGUUAUUUUUCCAGAGGUGGUGCAAAGUUCAUUGGAAUGAUUAUUAGUCCUUAUAAUCGAAACAAUCCUUUACCUUAUUCCCAAAUUACCUGCCUGGUUAUAAGCGAUGAAAUUAGCCCUGAUGGCUCUUAUCGUUUACCUUACAAGUUUGAAGUACAACAGAUGUUAGAAGAGCCUCGGUGGGGAUUGGUAUUUGAAAAGACAAGAUGGAUAAUAGAAAAAUACAGGCUCUCCCACAGCAGUGUCCCCAUGGAUAAAAUCUUUCACCGUGAUUCUGACCUGACUUGUUUGCAGAAACUUUUGGAGUGUCUGAGGAAAACUCUGAGCACAGUGACCAACUGCUUCAUUGCUGAAGAAUUCUUGACUCAAAUAGAAAGUUUGUUCAUUUCCAAUUAUAAAAGCAAGCAAGAGAAUGGAGAGGUUGAAGAGGAUGGUCCUUUGGGCCCAAAGGAAUCAUUAAUGUAAUUAGUAUGAAGAAACAUUUUAAUUUAGAUGCCAUAAAUUCUGCUUUCAAAGUUCAAACCUUAAAAUGACUGUAAUGUAGUUAACAGUGACAUAGCAUUACUGUUCUGUGAUUUACAGAACCCCAGUUUUGUCCCUCAAAUCAUGUAAAAAAGAAAGCGAUUUGUACUUGUUUUUCUAGUAAUUCCCCAAAUGU